AUGCGGGCCGCCCUGGCCCUGGCGCUGCUGCGCCUCUGCCUGGCCAAGGUCAACCUGGCCCCCCACUUCUUCGACAACGGGGCGGGCAGCUCGGACGGAAACAUGGCCCUGUUCAGCCUCCCGGAGGACACCCCUGUGGGCUCUCACGUGUACACGUUGAACGGGACAGACCCCGAGGGCGAACCUGUCUCCUACCACAUCAGCUUUGACCCCAGCACUAGAAGCGUCUUUUCUGUUGACCCCAGUUUUGGAAACAUCACCCUGAUUGAAGAGUUGGACCGAGAGAUGGAGGAUGAGAUCGAAGCCAUCAUCAGCAUUUCCGACGGCCUGAACCUGGUGGCGGAGAAAGUCGUGAUCCUGGUGACUGAUGUCAAUGACCAGGCACCCAGGUUCCUCCAGGAGCCGUACACGGUCCAGAUUCCUGAGGACACACCUGCUGGGAGCAGUCUCUUUGAGGUCCAUGCUAUGGACAAGGACACGGGCUCUGGAGGAAGUGUCACCUACUUCCUGCAGAACCUGCCGGCCACCCAGUUCACCAUGGACCGACAAAGCGGUGUGCUGCGCCUCCGGGCAGGGACCACCCUGGACUACGAGAAGGCCCGGGUCCACUUGGUCACUGUGGUUGCCCAGGACGGCGGCGGGCAGCUGCGGGGUGCGGCUGCGGUGUUCUCAGCCACCACCACGGUCACGGUCAGCGUGGAGGACGUGCAGGAUGUGGGCCCCGUGUUCGUGGGCACUCCCUUCCACGGCUGCGUGUACGAGGACAUGGUUCCGGGCUCUGAGGUGCUGACAGUGGUCGCCAUGGAUGGAGACAGGGGCAAACCCAACCGCCUUCUCUACAGCCUCAUGAACGGGAGUGACGACGCCUUCGACAUUAACGCGACGUCUGGAGCCAUUGUGGUCACCCAGAGCCCGGCCCAGCUCCGGAGAGAGGUGUAUGAGCUGCAAGUGCAGGUGACUGAGGUCAGCGCUGCAGGGAGCCCCGCUGCCCAGGCCACGGUCCCCGUCACCAUCAGGAUCGUGGACAUCAACAACCACCCACCUGUGUUCUACGGAGAAAGCGGGCCCCAGACCAGGUUCGAGCUGUCCCUGUUCGAGCACCCGUCCCCAGGGGAGAUCCUGCGUGGCCUCAAGGUCACCGUCAAAGAUGAAGACCAGGGCUCCAAUGCCAAGUUCGCCCUGCAGCUGCUGGGGUCGGGGGGCGCCUUCUGCGUGGUCCCUCAGACAGCUCUGAAGGAAGCCCAAGUCACAGUCCUCACCGAGGACUCAGCCGCCAUUGACUUUGAGAAGUUCAGAGUGUUAACCUUCCAGCUCCUGGCCACUGAGGUGGACACGGCCGAGAAGUUCAGUGCCACCGCGCAUGUGGUGGUGCAGCUGCUGGACACCAACGACAAUGCCCCACAGUUCACCUCUCCCCACUACAUUGCCAGGGUUCCUGAGGACGCCCCCGGGGGCUCCACUGUGGUGGCCGUCAGGGCUGUGGAUGUGGACACAGGCCCCCGGGGUGAAGUCACAUACUUUGUCUCCGGGCCGGAGGCAGACCUCUUUCAGGUCCACUCCUCCACGGGGGUUAUCUGCACGCAGCCCUGGGCCAGCCUGGAUGCUGAGGCCACUGCCAGGUACAGCUUCCAUGUAAGAGCAGAGGAUGCGGGGGGCAGGCAUGACCUGGCCAAUGUGACCGUCUUGCUGCUGGAUGUCAAUGACCACCCCCCCCAGUUUGGACAGAGCAUCCAGGAGAAGACGAUGGUGCUGGGGACCCCUGUGAAAAUUGAGGCCACAGACCUGGAUGCAGAGGCACCCAACAACCUGGUGGACUACUCCAUCAUGCGCGCGGAGCCGGCCAGCGUGUUUGACAUCAAUGCACGCACGGGAGAGAUCAGGCUCAAGAGCUCCAUCCGCUCCCUGGACGCCCUGUGCAAUAUCACAUACAAUGGCGACUGUACAUGGGCCCUGGAGGUGCAGGCCAAGGACCGUGGCUCCCCAUCCUUCAGCACCAUGGCCGUCCUCAGAAUUGACAUCACAGAUGCUGAGAUGCUGCCCCGGACCUCCAUGGACACCUUUCUGACACAGACCAGAGACGAACCUGCGAAGGCUGUGGGUGUGCUGGCCGGCGCCAUGGCCAUUACUGUGGCCAUCACUGCCCUUGUGUCCACUGCCACCUUCUGGCACAAGAAGUCCAACAAGGUCCUGCCAGUGCGGCGCGUGCUUCGCAGGCGGCCCUGCCCUGCCCCCCUCCCUGCUCACAGCAAUUGGCUCAAGUGCAAUAGGACUGAGGCUGCAGCCAAGUUUGUUCUCAAAGAGGAUCCCCCUAGUGAGAACUGCAACAGCAGCCUGGGGAGCCUUCCAUCCCCCAGAGCCCCAAUGCCCCCUCCUCUACCCAGAGUGGCACCCGUCCCGGGGGCACCCCCCUCGACUGUGCUCACAGUCUCUGGCUCACUCACCUCUCUGCAACCUCGAGGGUCACCCAAACACAGUGCCUCGGGGAGCCCCAUCCAGUCAGCUCUGGUCUCCGAGCUCAGGCAGCAGUUUGAGAGGAAGAGUAGAGCUGACAAGGAGCACUUUUAG